CGCCAGUGCCUGCAUCGCUCGCUCCCUCCUUCUCCCCUCGCGCCGCCGCUGGCCCGAAUGGAGCGUUGAGAUUCGGGACGCCUCGCUCUCGGUGGGCGAAACGUCAGUGCCUGUGCCCCUCUCCCCGCCGCCGCCGCCGCCGUUUGCCCCAUCCACGGUCAGCUUUACUACCCGAUAUGGUUAUCCCUGCACCAGCUAGGGCGCCUGCAAUCACCAAGUUCCUAAAGCCCUAUGUUCUGAAGAUGCACUUCACAAACAACUUUGUGACGGCCCAGGUCAUCCACACCCCAUCGGCGACCAUCGCCUGCGCAGCGAGCUCUCAGGAGAAGAUCCUGAGGCCAAGCAUGGAGUCGACGCGGGACGUGGCUGCGGCGGCCAAGAUCGGGAAGCUGCUCGGCGAGCGCCUGCUGUUCAGGGGCAUCCCCGCUGUGUCCGUCUCCAUGUCGAGAGACCAGACGUACCAUGGCAAGGUCAAGGCCAUCAUCGAUUCUCUCAUGGCCGCCGGCGUGAAGCUGCUGUGAACGGUGGUAGCUGAUCAUCAGUAGCCGAUUUCCACCUGGUGUUUAGUCCUGACAUAUGGCAGUUGUUCUUGAAGUGAAGUGCAGAUAAAUAGUGCCUUCAGGCUUAUGAUGUUUUUCAGUUUAGCUUCCCCGUGCUCGAUUUCGACUUCUUGAACCUGUAACUGCCCAGGCAUCACAAUACAGAUCAACAUGUUUCUGUUCAGAACACGGGGUUUUCCGACA